AUGUCCACGGUUGAUAAGCUGUCAAUGUCCCUUGACGACAUCGUUAAGUCCCAGCCUUAUGAAGCUGCCAAGCCUCCACCAGAGAGCGCCGAAUCGGCUGAGAGGUUUGCCCGUGCUAUGGGGGUCCGACCUGGUAAAGGGUCUUUCAACACGAGAAGGUCCUUUGGUGGGAAGGGGAAGGGUUACACUAGGGAGAGCUCAGGGAGCUGUACUAUAAAAAUUACUAACAUACCCGAGGACCUCACCUGGAGGGACGUAAAGCAAUCGUUUGGAGCCGUGGGACCGGUGGAGUUUUGCAACGUUGAGGAGAGCCGGAGGGGUGGCAACCAGGCUAUUGUAACGUUCAGAGAUGCUCAGGAUGCCCAAACAGCCAUCGACAACUACGAUGGUGGUGAGAUGAACGGGCGUAAAAUAAGAGCGUUUUUCGUAUAA